CACACCCCCUUCCUCGCGCGUGACUCGCGCUUACCUCUAAUCGCCUGAUUAGUGCGAAAAAAUUACGCCUGUUCUGCAAGCCAUUUUGAAGGCUAUUCCUGCCCAAGAACACCAGGAAGGUGCGUUAGUUCUUUCCCGGACAGCUGUUUAUCGAGCCUACUCUCCUUGUUGAAGUGUGAAUCCGUGCGUGUGCAGCGUGGAAACGGAGCCUUGUUAUACGAACCGGUAUCUCUUUCGACUGCCUGCUAACAGCUUGCAGAAGCUUUCCCUCAAACUUCAAGAGCGAUGCAUGAGCGCGGUUGGAACACCUUUAGAACAUUGCAAAGCUUUGGCGCAAGUUCUUGUUGCCGGCGAUGAGAGAGGUCAUUUCAGCCAUGGACUCAAUAGACUUGAAAUGUAUGUCCAUGAUAUAAAUGUGGGCUCCACAGUUGUAAAUGGAGACCCUGAAAUUGUCAAAGAGACCAGUGCUACAGCAUUUGUUGAGGGAAACAAUCUUCUGGGGCCAGUUGUUGGAAACUUUUGUAAUGAUUUGGCCAUGAAGAAAGCUCAGGAGACUGGAAUUGGUUGGGUUGCUUGCAAAGGUUCUAACCAUUAUGGCAUUGCUGGUUGGUAUACAAUAAGAGCUGUUGAGAAAGGACUUAUAGGAAUGAGUUUUACCAACACGUCACCACUGGUUGUACCUACAAGAGCACGUCAGUCUACAUUGGGCACCAACCCUUUGUCACUAGCUGCCCCAGGAAAAAACGGUGACAGCUUUGUUCUUGACAUGGCAACAAGUGCAGUGGCUCUAGGAAAGAUAGAAAUGGCAGAUCGGAAGGGAGUUGAAAUACCACAUGGAUGGGCAGUGGAUUCAAAAGGAUUGGAAACUGUCAAUCCUGAAAAGGUUUUAUCAGGAGGAGGCCAAUUGCCUCUUGGUGGAACAGAAAUAACAAGUGGUUUCAAAGGAUAUGGUUUAGCAAUGAUGGUUGAAGUGCUUUGUGGCAUCUUAGCAGAUGCUGCAUUUGGUCCCAAUGUACGAAAAUGGAAGGGCGAUGACAGGGUGGCUAAUUUAGGUCAUUGUUUUGUUGCUGUUGAUCCUAAAGCUUUUUCAGAAGGGUUUGAGGACCGCAUGCAGUCACUUAUGGAUCACUGCAGAAAUCUGCAACCGGCAGAGGGCGAGACUGCUGUACUUGUAGCAGGAGACCCAGAGAGGGCCCACAUACAAAAAGUAAAAGAAGAUGGUGGUAUUCAUUAUCAUGUUAAUUUGCUGGAAGCUAUGGACAAGCUUGCGGACCAGCUUGGUGUGCCAUGCAUGCCAACAAAGUAAUGCAACUCAUGCAUACAUUACAUUACUCCAGUCUUCAACAAAAGUUCUUUUACCAAUGACCUCGUGUGCCAAAAAAUCAACUUAUUUUAGGACAAGGCAAACCCAUUACAAAACACGCUAGUAAGAUGCUAGCAUAAGUGUAGGACGUCGUCCCCCCCCUGCCAAGUCUUGUCAAGAAAAAACAAUAAGUUAUAAUGAUACAUAACAUGGUAGUCCCUGAAAUGCAAGCAAUAUUCUAAUACAGAAUCUCUCCCCCCUUGCCUUUUAGCUUAGCUUUGUGAAGAAAGAAUGAUAUUUUAUUAUACAUACAUAUGAACCUGGCAUUCACAUAAUUGACAGUACGACAGUUUUGUAGGACUCAAGUGAAUCCCUUCUCGGCUCUGUCUAGAAAAGUUGAUAUUCUAUUAUUAGAGAACAACCUGUUGUGGCCCCCCCCCCCCCCACCAAAAAAAAUGCGAGUGUGGGCCUUUUCCCCUUCCCUCUCUCUCUUUAGCUUUAUUUAGAAAAGUGACAAUUUUAUUCUAAUGACAACUUAAUGUGCCCCUAAAAUGCCACUAAGACAUGGUGUAGGAAUUGACCCCCCUCAUCUUAUUUUUGUAAGGAGAAAGAAGUAGUUAAUGUGAAAUAACAAAAACUACUUGGUAUGCUCCCAAAUGUCAGGAUAAUGUUGUUUCAAGACCCUUUCCUCUUCAUCUAAGCUUUGUGAAGAAAAAAGAUAUCAUUUUUACUAUAACCGUAGAAAUUCUCGCGCGCUAAUUGGUCGAGAGCCAUUGUCAGUAAGGUUAUAGAUCUUAAUAAUGACGUAUCAUGUCACGCAAUGCUCAGCAAUCUGUCGAAGAAAAAUGUCUUCGCGUGGAAACAUUUGCAAAUGUCAGAAAUGUGGACAGAGAAGAGUUUCCCAAUUUUAAGACUGGGAUGCUAGCAGAAAUUUUUAAAGAAUUGGUCGAAACGGACGAUCAUGUCACGCGCGUGUGAUUUUCCGUAAACUUAGCCACUGAAGCAGGUUUAACACAAUCUUAACUUUAUUUAAAAAAAAAAAAAACAAACAAAUUGACAUCAAUUUGUUAAAUACAGUAGUUAAAAAACAACCUGGAGUAUGUUUUAAUGUCAGUAAGAUGUUAGUGUGGACCGAUUUUGUGUGGGUUAUUGGAUAGUCUUGCUAUUGCCACUUGUUAGAAAACGGACUCGGAAACGCCGAGUCACUGAGUGAUAGGAAACUAGAUUUAUUAGUAGAUAUCUAAGAAAUGAAAGCGCACAGGGAAGGGAUAACAUGCGUAUGGUCACUCUAUACAGUUUUGGCAAAAAAUUCUUUAGAAGUAUAAGAAUUUGUUGUUUAGUAAUUGUUAAAUAGGUAGUUCUUAAGAAGUGUUCUAUUGGAAAACAAAAAUAGAUAGACAUCGUACGUUAUGAAAGCAUUUGCAGUAAGUUCGUUGUGAUGAGUACUGGGAAGUGCCUCGAUAUCCAGGUAAUAUAACAACAGGAGAUGAAAUUGUCGCCACCCCGCUUAUUGGGACCAAAUCCAAGUAUGACUUGGUCACGAGUCUGCGCUUGACGCUAGUUACAGACACCUUUCGGGUUCGUAUUGGUGCAUAAUACAGUUUUACGAUUAACGCAGCGUUUAUUCUUUCAUUUAAAUCCUUAAACUUUUCCAGUUUGAUUUACUCCAGUUGAUGGAGUUUCCACCCGGUAGUGGAAGGUUGGGGUUUAAGUCUUCAGUUCACCUUUUGCAAUCCUUGUCAUUUUCCUUCAUCUUUUUGCUUUAUCCGGUCUAUUUUGGUGUAUGUUCAAUCUUCUAAACUGAUAUUUUAAGUUCCCUUGACUUUGGUUACUCGGUUCUGAAACAAAAUUAAACUAAAGACGUCUGGGUAUCCCUUGAACGUGUUCGUGAUGGUAAAAUAAACGUAGAGUUGUCUUAA